GAAUAGACUCCCACCUCUAUGGAUUUGACGCAUGCGCAGUGCGUCACUGAGUCGUCGGCUGUGAAGAGUGAAGAGCAGCGAUCGCGCUCCAGCCCGGUAAUGACAGAUGUGAAGGAUGACUUCUUGCUCAGAGAUCUGUGGGUCGGAUUACGCUGAGCAGAGCCACGGUGCACUCAGCAGCGGUCACCAGGGUUACGGGGUGCGUUCCUACUUGCACCAGUUUUACGAGGAGUGCACCGCUUCCAUCUGGGAGCGCGAUGAAGAUUUUCAGACACAGAGAUCGCCUAAUCGCUGGAGCUCUGUGCUCUGGAAGGUCUGUCUCGCGCUAGGAGCUCUGAUUCUGGUAGCGGGGUUAUCUGUGCUGCUGGUGGGCUACGCCACGCCGCCUCGACUCGAGGCAUUCGGAGAAGAUGAGCUGCUCUUCGUGGAUGGACGCGCCGUGCGCUUUAACCGGGCACUGGAUGCCUGUAAGCUGGCCGGAGCGGUGCUGUUCUGCGUGGGUGGUAGCGGGAUGGCGGUGGGGCUACUUCUGGCUGCCUGCUCUCAGGGCAGUUCGAAGGAAGAGCUCCAUCUGCAGCAGCGCUUCAAAGAGCGGCUUGCCGAGAUCCAGGCCUCCGUUCAGCCCGUCACUCGCGCACCCACCCCGGGGGAGGGCAAGGUGCCCGUGACGCUCUCCAAGGUUCAGAGCGUCCAACCCGGGGCAGAAACCUGACCUCAGCCCUCACCACAGUUAAACGUCAGCAAAACGAGAUUCCAAUGGUUUCGUGCAAAACAACAGUUCCAGGAACAGUAGAGAUAGAUAACACUGCACUUUCUCCGGCGCAAAUCAUUCGUCUAUAUCGACCAAGAGUACAGAGAGUAUUUGGUGUUUAACGUAAGCGUACCCCUGUAAAUCAUCAUGCCACAAACGUGGUGCUCCUGAAUAGACAAACAGCACAAAUAUACUUGCGUGCUAUGCUGAUAACAACGGCUAGGAAUCAGAACACCUUUAGGCAGCUGUUCCAAAGAGCAACAUAUUCUUCAGAGGUGUCUAAGCAUGUGCAUAUUAAUACCGAAUAAGUAAGAAUGGUUUCUCUAUUACACUCAAAUCUUGCAGUGAUCCUCGCAGUCUUCGCUACUUCACAGCCUCUCGCUUUAAUCACAAUUUCCAUUGUGAUAUAUGAGAUGGAGCUAGUCAGAGUCACUCAUAAACAAGCAGAAAGAAGGCUGUGCGUGUUACUGGCUAAUUUAUCAUCGCUGCCAACGGAAACUACAAUGAUUUGUUAUUGCUCAUUCAAAAACCUUCACGUUGGCUCAUUGCCAACACCUAAGGUGCAAUUUUUCUCCAAAUCUCUCCAAGCGAACGCUUCAUGCUCUAUUGCUACAGUCAAUCAAUAGUUAGUUGACAGAACGCAAUGCGUUCCAGACAGCUGAAGCCACAAUUUCACAUCAUGCGGCAGCAUCUCAAUACCACGCAUCCAUCUACUCAAAUACAUCAUUGCUUGCGAUAUCAAGGGGCGAAAAUAGAUUAACGUCAAGAUACGCCUGUGGGAUUAUGUAAUAUCCUCUCAUUGCGUAGCACAUCAUUCUUGCUUCAGCCUCUGUUUUCUCAAGAGGACAUUAAGCGCCGUCUCUGUCUGUUGGUAAUUACACUCAUUGGAGCGGAGCCCAUUAGGACUUUCCAUGCGCUUCUGCUAAUGUUCUGGAGAAAACGCCACACUUUCUUUCCGUCUGGUUUUCUUUUGUGUGUUGCUGUUUGAACUCAUGGUAGCGUGACUGCUGUUGCAAAGUUUCAUUUCACUGUUUGUGACACUCAUUCCUAAAAACACGAUUACUUUGUGCAGGUAUUUCUUUUUUUUUAUUGUCAUAUUAUUCACUUUGAUUAAACAUUGCAAACUACUUUCAAGAAGGUUGAUAAGAAUGAAAAACAAUAGCCGCUUUUGUGAGUGUAAUCCUUUGUUAUUUACUGAUUAUUAUGACUGAUCGCUGAACAUAUUGCAUAUGCAUUCAGAUAUUUGAAAAUGACAAGGCUAAUGAACACAUUAAUCACAGGAUAUUUAACAAUCUAAUCUCUCAGACAGGCCUAAAUCAAGUUGAAAUAUAACAUUUUUAAUAUAAGCUGCUUCAAGAAUUGAUACUUCUUGUUUAAAAUGACACUGUAUGUGAAAUUGUGACUUUGCAGAGGUGUGUAGAUUACAAUGCUGGUUAUUAUCUCAAACUAUCAAAGCUUCUUGUUUGGUUUGUGCCGUCUUCUAUUUGGAAGGAGAAGGUAUCGGAGCUGUUCUUACUCUUGGAACAUGUCUUUUGCAGCAAACAGAAUAAAAAUAACUGUUUGUUACCGUCAA